UUCUGAUGAAAAAUCACAAGGACGGUAGGCGAGCACCAUGUACACGUAUCUCGGAUUCAACGUUCUCUUCUACUGUUGUAUAGUUUGCUUCUCAAGUUGCCAAAACACAUGUACAAAUGAAGCCUGUGAACCUCCAUUCGAAAAAUUGACAAAUGCUAGUAGUUGUUACUACAUCAGCAAAGACCUAGUAGGGGGAGACGAGGCGUUUGCACGUUGUAUCAACAUCGGAGGUUACCUCGCCAACUUUGAGACAUUGGAAGAGGCCAUGCUGAUGAAACAAAAACUAAGGGAAAUGAAUUCAGGUCUCCACUUCUUUGUCGGUGGAAGAAAUAUCAACAGGAGACAACCAGGUGGAGAUUGGAGGUGGAUAAAGAAUGGAGCUAUGACCAAAAUGUCUUAUUUUGCUUUUGACUCUGGCCAACCUGAUGGAGUUGACAGAAAUCCACAGGAUUGCAUGUUCUUUUACGCAACUGAACGCUACAGAUUUCAUGACGCUCAUUGCGAUCGUUUUUAUAAGGGCGGCUAUAUAUGCGAAAAAUGA